AUGAAUCUCAGCAUCAAGUCACUGCAGUUUGGAGAUGUGCAUGCUAUCCGAUGCACUCUCGUGAACUGUAGUUGUCAGUGUUUCAAACCGGGGAAAAUAUAUCAGCGACAAUGUGACCAGUGCCGGCAUGGAUGGGUAGCACAUGCCCUGAGCAAAUUAAGGAUUCCCAACCUCUACCCAUCAAGCCAGGUAGAAAUAGUUCAAUCCAAUGUCGUCUUUGAUAUCAGUAGCCUCAUGUUGUAUGGAACCCAAGCCAUUCCUGUGCGCCUCAAAAUUCUGCUGGAUCGGCUUUUCAGUGUACUGAAGCAGGAAGAAGUGAUACAGAUUCUCCAUGCCCUGGAUUGGACACUACAGGAUUAUAUACGUGGAUAUGUGCUACAGGAUGCUUCAGGAAAGGUGCUGGAUCACUGGAGCAUCAUGACCACUGAAGAAGAACUGGCUACUCUGCAGCAGUUUCUUCGUUUUGGAGAAACUAAGUCCAUUGUAGAGUUAAUGGCAAUUCAAGAGAAAGAAGGGCAGUCCAUUAUAAUACCACCACCAACUGCCAAUUUGGAUAUUAGGGCAUUCAUUGAGAGCUGCAAUCAACACAGUCCUAAUUUUUCUGCUUCCUUGGACAAAAUUAGUCCCACCAACAUUCAUCCCUUUGAGAAUAUUGUAAAUAACAUGGCUUUCAUGCUGCCAUUUCAGUUUUUCAGUCCAGUGCCUCCACCUUUGAUAGGUUCACCACCAGAAAGACAUUUGAUUGAGCAAGGUCAAGACCACAGCAAUGAAACUAAACAAGAUGUUCAGAUACCAUUUUCUGAAAGCAGCUUCUUAACUUCUAGUUCUGCACCAUUUCAAGUUGAAAAUGAGAGGAGCAUAAAUGGUCCAGAUGUCACCACUAAAACAGAAGAUGAUGCCCUUUUAAGUGAUUCCAGUUCACAUAAUGCAGCAGCAAAGCUUGAAAUGACAGCACUAUCUCCAGAAAACAAAAUGAAAUCUGUUGAAAAGAAUGGCGCUGGGCCAAGGAAAGGGCGUGUUUUCUGCACUGCAUGUGAAAAGACAUUUUAUGACAAAGGUACUUUGAAAAUACAUUACAAUGCUGUUCAUCUGAAGAUAAAGCACAAAUGCACAAUUGAGGGCUGCAAUAUGGUGUUUAGCUCUCUGCGUAGUCGAAAUCGUCAUAGUGCAAAUCCUAACCCCAGACUCCAUAUGCCAAUGAAUAGAAAUAACAGGGAUAAAGAUCUAAGAAAUGGUUUGACCAUUGCUGGACCUGGAGAUAGUAAAAGGACAGAAUUUACAAUUCUAGCUCCGGAUAGCAGAACUAUUACCAGCUACGCCAGCUCUUGUACAGAUGCAAAGGGUCAGGCUGGAUUUCCCAGUAUUGGACAGAAUGGUGUUCUCUUUCCAAACCUGAAGACGGUACAGCCUGUUCUUCCUUUUUACCGUAGUCCAGUCACACCAGCUGAGCUUGCUAAUACUCCAGGUACUCUUCCUUCUCUGCCUCUUGUUUCCUCCUCUAUACCAGAGCAGCUUGUUUCAAAUGAAUUGCCAUUUGACAUGCUACCCAAGAAGAAAUCUCGUAAAUCAAGCAUGCCUAUUAAGAUAGAAAAAGAAGCUGUUGAGACACCAAAUGAAAGUAGUGAUGUUGCCAGUUCUGAAGAUGAUACACGCCUGCAAGUGGUAAGCGACGGAGAGCUUGAGACCUGUGAGCAUAAGAUAGAGAAGCGGGUGACCGACAGGGUGGAAAAGCACCCCCAUUCAGGUAAUUCAUGGAAAUCUGUCUCUGGGGUAGAGGGCCCAAAGUAUUUUGAAUCUGUCUUUGCGCCAAAUAACAUCAAGGAUAUCUCUGAGAAUGAAUUGCAUCAUUAUGAGAAAGAGGUUAAACCAGAAGAAAACCAACCAUUAAAGAUAGUUUCCCAUGAGAUUAUGUAUGAAGAUCCAAAACACCACCACAAUGAUGUUAUAAAACCAAUGACUGAACCCCCCAUGUAUAUUAAAGAGCAGUCAAAGCGCAGGAUUCCUAAAGAUGACUGCCCUGAAUUGCAACACCACUUGCUGACCGGGGGCUUUUUCAGCACUUUGUCAAACAGGGGUGCUGCCAUUCCUUGUUUUGAAGACUCUAAAGAUAUGGAUCAUGUCAGUCAACAUGCACUAGGGAUUCAGAAGGAAGAAAGCCGCUUUCAUUGUGACAUCUGUAAGAAGACUUUUAAAAACCCUUACAGUGUAAAAAUGCAUUUUAAAAAUGUACAUCUCAAAGAAAUGCAUAUUUGCACAGUUGAGGGCUGUAAUGCUGCUUUCCCUUCUCGUAGAAGUCGAGACAGACAUAGUUCAAACCUAAAUCUUCAUCAUAAGCUUCUGACUAAAGAUACACUGGAAUUCAACAACCAUUUCAAUGCAACAUACCUCUUGAAAGACAUGGCUAAGGAGUUUUGCCAAGAUGUCUCUUUAAAACAACAUGUUGGACAUACUUCUGUAAUCUUCAAAGGAAUGAACAGAACAGGCAGCUUCGUUUUUCCAAUGAGCAAAAUUAGAGAACCCUGUUCUGAGAGUUAUGGAUACGAUCCAUCGAAUGAUGGAACUGUUCUGGAUCUAAGCACUACUUCCAGCAUUAAAUCUGAGAGCAGUGCUCAUUCUUCUUGGGAUUCUGACGGAGGAAGUGAAAUAUGCACCAUGCCCUUGGAUGAUAGUGAUGAAAGCUGUGAAGGACCCAGCCUAAUGCCCAAUGAUGAACUCUACCAAGACUGUACUUUAAUUGAGAAAGCUAAUCAAAACUUUACAAAUUUACCUUCCAGUUUGCCAAUAACUUGUCAUAUAUGUCAAAAAACUUACAGUAAUAAAGGAACUUUCAGGGCUCAUUACAAAACUGUGCAUCUCCGCCAGCUCCACAAAUGUAAAGUCCCAGGUUGCAACACCAUGUUUUCAUCUGUUCGCAGUCGGAACAGGCACAGUCAAAACCCUAACCUGCACAAAAGUCUGGCUGGGUCACCAACUAGCCUACAGUAA